AGAGUAUGAGUGUUUGCUAGAGAAACACAGAGAUAAAGAAAGAGAUGAAGAGGAACAGAAGAAUAUCUGGGUAUUACAUAGUGUUAUACAGCUCUUUUCAAAGCUGAGGUAUCUCAAAGCAGUAACUUGGAUACUAGCAGUGCACUGACUGUAAGCAAACAUGUUAGUCAUUAAGGGCCUGUCCUGCAAGGCGCUGAGCACCUCCUGCCAGAUGCAGAGCACCCACAACUCCCAACAACCUCUGCGAGACCUAAGGGCACUCAGUACCUCACAGGAGGCACUCAGCACCAAGCAGGACCAGGCCCUAAGUACUCAGCAGUAACUCACACACGCAGCCUUGGACAUUAGAGCCUGUUUUAUAGAGAGAAGGAAUGCUGGCCAGGAUAAGAGAGAAAGCUGGAAAGAGGGAGCAGCAUUGCAAGAGCACAGCACUCUCAGACCAAACCCUGCCCUGUUCAGCACGGUGAGUGGGAGAAGGGAUGCUAGCAGAUACUCACUCUGCUCCAGGCAUCUUGCCAAUCAGGGCAAGUUUCCACUAGACCGGACUUGGGCUCCAUGUGAUGUCACCACUCAGCCAGAUGUUAAAAUCAUGAUCAGUCAACUCUCAUUGGCUAUUUGAUGUUAACAACAAGUAAUCCAGAUGGGGUGCAGGUGCUGUAAAAUGAUACAAAGCUAUAUCUUUGCUCCAGAAGAUGUACAAUCCUCAAGAUACCCCAAUGAAGUAAACAGUUACAAACCAGACAAGCAUGACAGCAAUAAAUUCAAAGGCGAUCAGAACAGUGAAACUCCGGUGCAUAAAAAUGAACUGCAAAAUGAUGAAUUAAAGAGAACAGAAAAUAAAAACAAGUUCAAUAGCACAAAAGAGGCCUUCCGGAACCACAGAGGAACUGCUCUUGGCGAGGAAGGGCUAGGAAACUGUGUUGGAAAGUUUGACAAUGCUCACAGUGGUGUCAAUUCCUGUAGUGGUACGCAUCCCCUUCCUAAUCACAACACAAACCGAACCAAAGAAACCAUCACACAUGGAAAUUCCAGCCAGUCAGCAAGUUCUUCUUUAGCCAACAGGACAAGAGACCUCUGCACCAGUGGACUCUCUUUACCAAAUGAAUCUGGCAAAGAAUGUGACCCAGAAACAGGCGAUCACAAAAAGCCAGAGUCAGAAGAGCCAGAAUGUUCUCUAGAUGAGAACUCACAGUCUGCAGGAGAAAACAGCUCUCUCACAGAAAGUGCAAUACUGGACACACAAAACGAUGCCAUCCAAUUACCAGACCUGGAUUACCUCCCACAUGGUAGCCAAACCAGAAUCUAUCAUGCUCCUGAAAAGGACAGUUUUUCAGACAAUUACACACAUUCAGACCAAAAUGCAGAGUCUACAGUGAUAAAUAAGGGUGAGGACCCUGGCCUAAACCUGCCUUUGCACAUGAAGGAAAAUUAUGAUUCAGUGGAGGAAGCUCUUAAAACUGAGUCUGUAAAUGUGUGUGUCAAAGAGGACAUGCCUGAUGGUAUUGCAUCUGAGGGCCUCAUAAUAAAAGCACAAGAGGAAGAGCACAUUAACCAUAAAGAAAUUAAUGGAAAAAUUGAGGAGGAGGAGGAGGACGCAGAGGUGGCAGAAGCUCUUGCAGCGCUGGAAGCUGCAACUGCAGGGGAAGAUUAUGAAGAGGAUGAGGAGUAUUAGAUGGAGAGUUCUUUCUUUCUAACACAUUCAUAGUAAACUUAGUUCUGGAGCCGUGUGAAACACUAUUGAAUGCAUGUGUUGUACAGAACAGACAAUUAUUGUAUAAAGCACAAAAACAAAAGGAGCUGGGACUAGAAUGUUGAUCAUUUUAGCUGCUAAAACACAGUCCUUUACCACCUGAACUGAAGAACUCCCUUGGCUUCUGGUAGUAAUAAGGCCCAUCUCUUUCCCAUAGGCCACAAACAAGGGUGUAGCAUCACUCACACAAAGCCAGCAUGUUACAAUAUAGUUCACGUGAAGGUUUUCUUCAGUUGACUCAAGGGCUUGCACACACACUUCAAGUUUCAGGUUCAAAUGAAUCUCAAAGCACAACUAUAAAAACCAGAGUUUCUCCAUUUUCGGAACAAACCGUACAGAACCACAGAAUUGAAUUAUUUAAGUGUAAAAAUAUACAACUGACCCUAGGUUCAGAAAACCUUUCAGCAAACUUGACCUGGGAUUCUAGUUUGUUGCAAAGCAUGAAACCAGGCAAGUUUCACAUGGUUUGGGUUUCACUGUGACUGCAUCUCACAGUUCUGCUAAUUUCUUAGUCACAAUCUCUUGACUCACACAUUGUUUACAAAUGGAUUUUGCCUCAGAGCCUCCCAGAAGAAGCAAAACCCAUUUGUAAAAAAAAAAACAGCGAGGGCUAAAUUCAUCCUGGUGUAACUGGACAGCAGUCCCUAGACUUACAGCAGGGAGACAACUGGCCCUGAAUCAAGUACCUACACUUUAGAACUUUUGAAUCUCUACUUUCAGAAAUGUUUACCCUUUCUGGAUAAUUUCAAAUUUUUAAUUUUUGGUUAGUAUGUUAAACUUCCUCUUGUACAAUUUCUGGUUGGAAGCCUAGGAGAUAUGGAAAAUAAACACUUCAUGUUUAAAGUCACCAAAUGUUGGACGCUGUCGAAUGGCUGAAACAGAAAAUGUGCUCCAAGUUUUAUAUUGAGAAUUGGUGGCUCCUGAAUUGAUUAUAAACUGUUAAUAAAAUAAUUGUUUUAAAAUUUAAA